AUGUCGGUCGUCCCGCCGACUAACAGUUCGCCCGGCAAAGUUAGAAUCAACAAAAAAGUCAUUCCCAUUACAAAGCUGACGUUGGUGAUUUUUGUGACGGUGGUUUUGAUUUUGCUCGUGGCGGGACUAACUUUCGGAAUUUUGCGGCGUUGGUACCGCAAACUACGCAAGACUUACACCAACGUUAACGCCAAAGCGCUCGAUCGUCUGAACGUGGUGCGCCUAAUCAAAGCCAACGCUUCGGAAGAUUACGAAAUCAACUACUUUAACGAUUUGCACCGCGAGUACAACCGGGUUGGUCGUUCGGUCGACCAGCGCGAAAGUUUGACGUUCGGAAUUUUUAUGACUGCCAUUAGCAGCAUUAACAUCAUCGCGGUUGUCGCCGGAAUCAUUUUCAUUACGUUUGGACUAAUUAAACCGAGUGAGAUAGCGACUAAGUUCGUGCCUUUUGUUCUUUCGACCAACACGCUGAUUUUUCCGAUUUUUCAGACCAUCGGCGUGCUCGGUCGCCUGGCUUCAACUACGAUCUCCAUUCAGCGUCUCGAGUCGCUGCUUGAGCAAAAAAGCGAGAUUGUCGUCCCGGAUCGCCCCCACAAAGUGAGACGAAUCGAAAAGGACAUCGUUUUUGAAAACGUCUGCUUCGCUUACAAAGCGGAAAAAUACAUCUUGGAAAACUUUUCUUUUCGCUUCAAACGCAACAAAAGUUACGCGUUAGUCGGCACGACCGGGGCGGGCAAGACGACGAUUUCAAAACUCUUACUUCGUUUUUACGAUCCCCAGCGCGGACGGAUUUUGAUUAAUGGCCACGAUUUAAGGAAAGUUGACCUCAAGAGCUACCUUAGUCGGGUUGGUUACAUUGAGCAGGAACCAGAAAUUUUUAACGGCACGAUCGCCCAAAACAUAACUUACGGCAGUUUUGACGCUAGUCCAAGCGAGAUUGAAACCGCCGCCGAAAAAGCUAAUCUGGCCAAUUUUAUCGCUUCUUUACCGGCCCAGUACGAAACGAUCGUGGGCGAAAAAGGCUUCAUUCUUUCGGGCGGACAAAAGCAGCGGAUUUUGAUCGCCCGCAUGCUACUUAAAAACCCCGAUUUAAUUAUCUUAGACGAAGCGACCAGCGCCCUGGAUAACAUCGUAGAAAGACAGAUCCAAGCUCAACUAAAUCAACUAGCCGCCGGCCGAACGAGCAUUAUCAUUGCACACCGCUUGUCAACAAUUCAAAACGUGGACCAAAUUUUGGUUUUAGCUCAUGACAAAGGUCUCGUGCAAGUCGGGACUUUUAGCGAACUGGUUAAAAAACCCGGUUAUUUUCAAAAACUUUACCAGGCUGGUUUGAUGAAAACCUAG